GGCAAGGGGUUGCAAGAAGGUUCAGACAGCUCACUCUCCACCGUCACGAGGGGCUGAGUCAGUUCAGAGUCUUUCAUCGCUAUGUUUGUUACGUUCUUCGAUCUAACGCCAUGGGCCAUGGGGACGGACCCUCAUAUCUGCGCUUAUUUAAAGCAGAGCCCUAAUCUUUAGUUCCCUUAAAAAGCAGCGACGCUCUUGUAGCUCGUAGUCUGCACUCUAUCCCUCUUUCCAUACAGAAUGGGAAUCCCAAAUGAUACUUCUAAGAAGAACGACUGAGUCAAUGAAUGUGAAGCGUCGAUAGGAAUUUCUGAGUUUCAACAAAAGAGUCAUUGUGCCAGUCUGCCACGCGUAAAGAAAUUGCGUCAAGCUUGCGGAAUUCUGGAUCGAACUAAGAAAGAUCGUUUCAAAAGAACAUUGUAUUCUUUUAAGGUACGGAAUAUACUAUGACGAAGGACAGACAUAUCAUGACAAGGAGCAAUAGAAAGCGGAGUCGAAAAUCAAAACUUCUUCACAAAAAGGAUUUUUCUCAUAUAUUUUUUGUUGAAUGUAUUAUCAGUCAACAAGUCCUUUGGACCCAUGGUUUGCAACAAACUGUCGUUCAUCUCCGUCGCACCACUUCCACCUUUUCUGACCAUGUUCGUCAUACCAGCGAUGGCUUCAAGAUUUGAAUUGGGUGGACAUCGAGGACUAUGCUUGCGAUAUUGCAACCCACGACUCUCACUGUCCAAUUGAGUUCGACUUUCUUUCAAGGUAAUGUCCAUACGAAAAUACAUAGGUGUUAGUUUGAAAGUGGUUUUGGUAUCUGUUUAACUGCAACUCCCUAUCAAUAUUCUUUACAGGACGCAAAUCAGGUGUGGACAACAUGCACCAAUUUCAACAAGCUUGAUUGCCCGUUCAAAUG